GCGUCAGUCUCCAAUUUUAGAUUUAUGGUGAUAUUUUAUCAAUCUAAAUUUAAAAAAAAGUGUCCAAAUGCACCUGAUUUGAUCAGACAAUUUAAUCAGUUUGGUGAAAAAUUUACCCUCACCUUACAGGCGCACGCCUAUAGCGCAUCUAUAGGAUCCUACCAUCUAUGACGCAAAAAAAUCCAGUAAUUAUAGUAUGGCAACUUUUAAUUUUCGACUGUCAGCGCCUCGCCCUCGUCAACGUCAAAAUCUAACGUCAAAUUUCUUUUGUACUUUUGUAGCGUAGCCCUAUGGCGUAAAUAUUAUUUUGUUUAUUGUCCCGCGAAUUUCCAUCACACAAGCAACAGUAUUUACUAAAGCAAUCUUGCCAGAAACUAUACGUUCGCUAUACUGUGCUGAAGCUAUUGUAGUCACAGCGUCCCGACUCCCAACGCAGAUUUUGUGAAGCCUGUGAGGAACAUAGAUUACUGAAUUGUUUAGUAAGGUGUAGAGGAAAGUGGCAGUGGUAUGUCGUUGGACGCGCGCGUAAAGGAGGAGCCCCAGGACUGUACGGAACCGGUUUUCGUAAAGGUGGAAGUGGAGUAUGAGGCCCCAGAUGAGGUGCGUGUGAAGGAGGAACCCUUGUAUGAAGACAGCGUUCCGUAUGGUGAGGACAGUGUCCCCUAUGAUGGGACAGACGAGUCGUCCGGCCUGUACUCCGAUCGUGUGGUCAAGCUUGAGGUUCCAGAGCCGGAGCACUCGCAGUCUGAUGAAGAUUAUAACUAUGGUGGAGUGGGGAUUUCGCCCGAGCAGACCACCGAUGGGGCUGCAGGAGCGCCCGGGGGGAGCGGGGAGCGGGGCGAGCUCAUGCUGGUGCUGGAGCCCCUCACUAUGCAGGUGCACGCCGAGAGGGUCCACACGCAAGAGGAAGGGAGCGGGGGGGCGCUGGUCGAGCGACGAAAACCGAAGAAAGAGCACAUAUGUCUACUAUGUACCAAGAACUUUAAAGACUCCACCAAAUUAAAGGAACACAUGAGAUGCCACACCGGUGAGAGGCCCUACCCCUGCAACGUUUGUAAGAAAGGAUUCAUCAAAUCCGGUGAUUUGAGAAGACAUGAGCGCUCUCACACGGGGGAAAAACCGUAUUCCUGCAAGAUAUGCCAAAAACUGUUCUCUGAAUCGACCACUUUAAGAAGACACGAACGGAUAUGCAUGGCGAGAAACCUGAAGUCUCACAGGUGAAAAAAUACAAACGAUCAACCAUUAUCAAAGAAGAUGUGACGGCCAAUGUGGGCGACAAACCCUUCGCCUGUGAAGUAUGCAAGAAAUCGUUCAUUCGGGCCUGUGAUCUAAAAAGGCAUGAACGCUGCCACACGG